CAAAGUGAUAUGUGGCACACAGAAAUUUCGCUGCGUACAUUUGUAUUUGCAACUAAAUAGUAUACACUUUAAACUGGUGUAGAAUUUUAGAUGCUGUCUGGAGCCAUGCUUAUUCCAGCUGUCAAGGACACACCGUGCAACUCUUAAGUUUCUGAAUAUCCUAACAGCAAUUCUUCCGGUUGGAGACGUGGCUCUGCCCCGUUGCCAUAUUGGAGCUACUAGCUAGUAGCGCUCAUAUCUGCUAGCCCUCUACACAUUCUUUAUAAAGACAAAAUAAAGGACUGCAAUUCGAGUGAGCAAAUAAUAUCGGGGACUGAAGAUCGUUGACCAGAAGACAGACCCAAAAUGGUGCUGUUGGCCGCGGCGGUGUGCACCAAGGGGGGGAAGGCCAUCGUGUCUCGUCAGUUUGUGGAGAUGACGAGGACACGUGUGGAAGGCCUGCUGGCGGCCUUCCCCAAGCUGAUGAACACGGGCAAGCAGCACACCUUCGUGGAGACGGAGAGCGUGCGCUACGUGUACCAGCCCCUGGAGAAGCUCUACAUGGUCCUCAUCACCACCAAGAACAGCAACAUCCUGGAGGACCUGGAGACUCUCAGGCUCUUCUCCAGAGUGAUCCCAGAGUACUGUCGCGUCUUGGAGGAGAGCGAGAUCUCCGACCACUGUUUCGACCUCAUCUUUGCCUUCGAUGAGAUCGUGGCCCUGGGGUACAGAGAGAACGUCAACCUGGCCCAGAUCAGGACCUUCACUGAGAUGGACUCCCACGAGGAGAAGGUGUUCAGAGCCGUCAGAGAGACCCAGGAGCGCGAGGCGAAGGCCGAGAUGAGGAGGAAGGCCAAGGAGCUGCAGCAGGCGCGACGGGACGCCGAGCGCUCCGGGAAGAAGAUUCCGGCAUUCGGCGGGUUCGGCAGCGCCGGCAUGACCAGCGUCAGCUCCGGGUCCAUGAUCAAAGACACCCUCGUAGACACAGAGAAACCCAAGAUGGCCCCCGCACCUAUCAGGCCCAGCGGGCCCAGCAAGGCGCUGAAGCUGGGAGCCAGGGGGAAGGAGGUGGACAACUUCGUAGACAAGCUCAAGUUGGAGGGUGAGACCAUCAUGCCCACCAUGGGGAAGAGACCUUCAGAUGCCUCCAAAGCCCUACCUCCUCCCGUCAACGUAGAGAGUGUCCACCUGCGUGUGGAGGAGAAGAUGUCCCUGACGUGUGGGCGUGACGGUGGGCUGCAGAGCAUGGAGGUGCUGGGCAUGAUCACCCUGAGGGUCUCGGACGACAAGUACGGACGCAUCCGCCUCAUGGUCAGCAACAACGACAGCCGGGGGGUCCAGCUGCAGACACAUCCCAACGUGGAUAAGAAGCUGUUCACGUGUGACUCAGUGAUCGGCCUGAAGAACCCAGAGAAGUCCUUCCCUCUCAACAACGAUGUGGGCGUUCUGAAGUGGAGGCUGCAGUCCACAGACGAGGCCCUCAUACCUCUGACCAUUAACUGCUGGCCCUCUGAGAGUGGCUCUGGCUGUGACGUGAACAUCGAGUACGAGCUGCAGGAGGAGAGUCUGGAGCUCAACGACGUGCUCAUCUCCAUCCCUGUACCGUCUGGCGUGGGCACUCCCGUCAUCGGCGACCUGGACGGGGAGUACAAGCACGACAGCAGACGGAACGUUCUGGAAUGGUGCCUGCCCGUCAUUGACGCCAACAACAAGACGGGCAGCCUGGAGUUCAGCGUGGCGGGCCAGCCCAACGACUUCUUCCCCGUCACCGUGUCCUUCGUCUCCAAACGCACCUACUCCGACAUCCAGGUUACCAAAGUGGCUCAUGUACAAGGCGACGCCCCUGUCAAAUACUCCUCAGAAACGUCCUUCAUGGUCGACAAAUACGAGAUCCUGUAGAGGAGGAGAGCAGAGAGGAGGCCAUGCUCGGAGAGGAGAGGAGAAGACCUGGCCGCCUGUCUGGGGCGGUCUCCGAGACUGUCUCAACACCUACAGGAAGUAGCCCCCUUACAACGCCUCUCUCUCUCUCUCUCUCUCUCGCACUCUCUCUCUCUCGCAGUAUCGAUGUAUUUAUAUGUUUGUGCGAGAGAUGGAGAGUACCUAAUAUAGAGUUAAUCCAACAGGAAGUGAAACGUGCUGCUGUUUCUUCUCAGGAGUGACAGCACACCAGACAGGAGGGGGGAGGGGUGAGGGGGUGGGCCCGGGUGAGAGGGGGGCACUGUCACAACUGAGUAUAGGCUCCUCCUUCCCCCAGAACCCCCACCCUUCUGGUCUUGGGUCUUGUGCACAUCCAACAUUAAGAUCCAGUCUGGUCUCAGAGGACUGAUAUUUGCUAUAUUGUCAUGUUGUAAUUCAUAUGUCAAUCAUUCUGUCACCUUUUUCCAUGCUUUACCAUGAUACUACCCCCCUUCCCCCUCCCACACCCAGGCGCUCUGGUGGAAUAUCACUAUAGCAACCACUUGUUAGGGUGGUGUAGGUCUGUUGUCAUCUUCUGCCCCCCCCUUCCCUGUCAUGUCACAACGGCAGGCAGUCACAUGCUGCAUCCGUGGCGAUGUCACUCAGAUAUAUGUUGUCAUGACAACAUCAUAACGCUCUGGCGUCUUGUCAUCUUUUUUUUUCUUUUUGUCAUUAUCUUUUGUUUUUGUUGUUUAAUUUGCUACUUCCAUUUCGAUAAUACAGUCAUGGAGUUUGGGGAAACAGAACAUUUUUAAAACUGUAAAAUAAAAUUACAAAAGGGGGAAUCUUAACAUUCCAGUGUAAAAUUGAGAAGAAAAACAAACUUUAAUUGAAUAAAGUGUA